UUUUCGUCCUGAGUUAGUAUAAAAAGGCGACGCACCUGUCUCCCCAAGACUGAGCGCGCAACCUGCUUCAAGACACGCUAUACUAAGUGUAUAAAAGAGCGACGCAAAAGCCUGUACAAUACUUUGGAUCGAAUCUGCUUCAAGACUCGGUCAAAGAAUCAACCCAAGAUGACGUCCUACGAUGAGAAGAAGACCCUGCCACCUGCCGAGGUGCUGCCGGGAGGGGUCUUUCCGGACGAGAUCGCUUCCAUCAAGAAGAAAGUCCGUGGAGAAAACACGAGUCGUCUGAAGAUCGGCAUUGCCAUAGGCAGCGUGGUUCUGGUGAUACUUGCAGUGGUGGGGGGAACACUGCUGGGUCUUCACCUCAGCCGCAAACCCGCCGUAGUGGUGCGCUCAGUGCAGCUGGCGAUAGAGGAUGAGAUCAUAGAAGAGACCGUGGAAGUGGACAAGGAGAAGGACACCGAGACUUUCCGUACGGUCAGCUCUACCGGGACUUCCUUCGUCAUCAGGGAUAUGAAGACGAGCCUCUCGGCCUACAGGUUUGAUGGUGAUGAGAAGUGCUACGUCCUGUACGAAAGUCUUGAGGAGGCCGAGGACACUGCAGAGCUGUUGGAGGAUCUGGAACAGAUGGAAGAAGGAGACGUUGAUGCCGCUGAACGCCGCCCAGAGACGUUCCUCUCUGUGGACGAGGAACGCGGUCAUGUGGAGCGGUCUGUGCUGAGUGAGAGCAUGCUGGAGUUCUGUGAGGGGCUGAAGACUCACUGGGCCGUCAAGUCUUCCAUUCAGCCUACCCCCACCCCAGGGGCAACUGAGGAGGAGGAGGAAGCUGAAGCUGAUGCAGAGAUUGAGGAGGAAAUGGAAGUUGUCUCUGGAACCAACGGUACGAGUGCUGUGCAGGAGCGUGAGAAACGCUGGUUGACCUAUAGAUGCUACUGGGCCACCAGAAACGUCUGCAGCCGUACCUGCAGCAGGGUGUGCGGGAAGCGCCGUCGCCGGGCUCUGACGGAUGGCGAGCCGGACCAGGAGGUGAAGAAGCGCGCCAAACGCGGGUGGUUCCGCCGCGUGGUGAGGAGGGUGGUGUCUGCUGUCUGCAGGAAUGUCUGCCGCUGGGGGUGCCGUGCUGUUCGCACCAGGGUCUGCACCUGGGUUGGCUAGCUAUAGGGUGGCCAUGAAUUGCCACCUGAUACACUGGUUUUCUGACCUGAAGAUUUAAGUCAAAAUGUGCGGUUCAACUACACUAAAAGUUUGCUUUAGUUAUCUGUCAAAACUUGCCCCCAGGAUUGUGAUUAAUAUCCUGUAAAGCAUUCGAACAAACUAGCAAGGUGAAGUUCAAAUCGUUCUGCAGCAACUAAUCUGCAGGCUUUUAGAUAAACUUUCUUAGAACAGGCAAGGUUUGGGUUUGUUUUGUAUUGGUUCCUACGCAGUUCCUGCAAUCUUGUAGUCUCUGUGUGACCUAUCUAUAAGAAGAUAUAUCAUACAAGGGCUUUGCAAUUAACAUCAACGAGCGAAAAGCAGCUCCGACAAUCUAAAUGAUCACUCGGAUUUCUUGCCUUGUUUUUU